UCUACAUAGCUGUUUUCUUUGUGAUCGUUAAGCUGCACUUGAAUAAGAUCUCAUCAUGUCUGACGAUGGAAAGCUUUUUGUUGGAGGUUUGAGCUUUGAUACCAAUGAGCAGAGUCUGGAAGAUGUAUUCUGUAAAUACGGCAACAUUGCUGAAGUGGUUGUGGUGAAGGAUCGGGAGACCAAGAGAUCGCGUGGCUUUGGUUUUGUCACAUUCGAAAAUGCUGAUGAUGCGAAAGAUGCCAUGCAAGCGAUGAAUGGGAAGUCUGUGGAUGGUCGUCAGAUUCGGGUUGAUCAGGCUGGAAAGUCCUCUGGUGACAGGAGAGGAGGCUACAGAGGUGGCUCAUCUGGAGGAGGAAGAGGGUUCUUCCGUGGAAGUAGAGGCCGUGGUGGUGGUGGAGGAUAUGGAAGCAGCGGUGGCCGGUUUGAUCGAAGUGGAGGAAGCAGCAGCUAUGGCGGUGGAUCCCGGGAUUAUUAUGGUAGCAGUGGGAGAAGUCAAGGAGGUUAUGGUGAUCGCUCAGGAGGAAGCUCCUACAGAGACAGUUAUGACAGCUACAGGUGAGAAUGAGGACUAAACUUUCUGGUGUUUGGAUCCCUGUUGCCUGCCGAUCAUCUGCAUCUCGCACCAAAAAUCUCUGUAUUUAGAGUAGGUGAUGAAGAGGAAAUUUGCAGAUUUGAUGUAAAGGAUUUAAUAUAAAAUAAAUGUUUCUUAUUAAA